UUAUAAUCAUUGUCUUGAUAUUGAUAUAUGCAAUACCGACGACCUUUUGAGACAAAAUCUUGGCAGAAUCGAAUCUGUCCAGCGGAGACUAUGGUGAAGAUUCAUCCCGAUGAUGUGACGACAACCUCCGGCGCUGGAGACGAAACAAUUUCGCCGUACUUGACGACGGAGCCAGAGAGUUUCACGAUCUGGAUGAAGUCGUUGGUGUUCAACACAAAUGGCUGCACCGUCUUCAAUUCCAAAGGAAGGAUUAUUUAUCGUGUCGAUAAUUAUAAUUCUAAGAGCUGCCGUGAAGUUUAUCUCAUGGAUUUGUCCGGUCAUGUCUUGUUUACCUUACGUGGACAGAAAUUUGGAUUAUUCAAGACUUGGGAAGGAUAUAGAUCAUCAUCGGAAACAGCCGAAUCAACAACAAAAUUAGAAUAUUUUCGCGUGAAAAAUAAAGUUUUUCAGAUUCCGAAUAAAGAUUCGUCGUCUUCGUAUAGAGUCGUCGCGGGAUCGUGUAGAAACGACGAACAAUAUUGUUAUAAGAUGGUAAAUCACGGAGGAAGUUUAGUGAUUGAGGAAAAUUGUGGGAAAUUAUUGGCAGAAGUGAAGAGAAAACAAUCGAGGAAUGGUUUGAAGUUAGGAGAAGAUGUUUUGACGAUGACCGUGGAGUCACAAGUUGAUCACUCUUUCAUCGUUGGACUUGUUUUAGCUCAUAGCCUUAUCAAUUGUAUACUGUAAAAGGUGAAUACUUUACUUAACCAUUGGUAAAAUAGCAUAAAAUUGAUGAGAUUUUUGGGUUGUAACUAGCUUAUAAAUUUUUAGCUUCCACUA